UACAGAUGUUGUCUAUACGUGAAUGGCUGGAUUAACCUGUUUGCUGUUGGGGCCCUAUUAAAGGGACUACUUUCAGGAUUGCUUGUUACAGCGACAACUGUUUGAGGAUGUGGCUCUUGUGGGUCCUGCUGCUGUCGCUGCUCUCUGCAGUAUCCGGGGGUGCUGACUCCAAGGCUGUCACCACCACCCUCACUACCAAAUGGGCAGAUACCCCUCUGCUGCUGGAGGCCAGUGAGUUCCUGGCAGAGGAGAGCCAGGAGAAGUUCUGGGACUUUGUGGAAGCCAACCAGAACAUCGAAGGAGAGCAUGAUGACACAGAUCAGGCCUACUAUGACCUGAUAGUGAAGAAAGCCGAUGCAUUGCUCAGCUCCGUCCAGGUGAACAUGCUGAAGUUCGCCCUCUCCCUGAGAGCCUACUCUGCAACAGUACACUCCCUCCAACAGAUAGCGUCCAAUGAGCCUCCUCCCUCUGGUUGCUCAGCAUUUUUCAGCGUCCACGGAGAAAAGACGUGUGAUGAAGAAGGUUUAGCAGCGUUGCUGAAAACAGCACCUGAGAGGCCGAAGCCAUACCUUUUCAAAGGCGAUCACAAAUACCCAGGAUCAAAUCCAGAUGCUCCUGUCGUCAUCCUAUACGCCGAGGUUGGGAAACCAGAUUUCCAGAGGCUUCACCAAAUCAUAUCAUCCAAAGUCCACGAAGGCCUGGCGACUUACGUGCUCCGCCAUUACGUGGCUAAUCCAAGUGGAAAGAAAGUCUAUCUGUCGGGUUACGGAGUGGAGCUGGCCAUCAAAAGCCAGGAAUACAAGGCAAAGGACGACACACAAGUCCAAGGGGCGGAGGUGAACGCUACAGUGAUCGGAGAGAAUGAUCCAGUGGACGAGGUCCAGGGAUUCCUUUUUGGCAAACUGAAGACCCUCUACCCAGAGCUGAAAGAGCAGUUGAAGGAGUUGAGGAAACAUUUGGUGGAAAGCACCAAUGAAAUGUCACCUCUGAAAGUCUGGCAAAUGCAAGAUCUGAGUUUCCAGACAGCAGCUCGCAUUCUUGCCGCUCCCGCUGUUGAAGCCCUCACCGUUAUGAAAGACCUCAGUCAGAACUUCCCCACCAAAGCCAGGUCAAUCACCAAAACAGUGGUCAACUCUGAGAUCCGCAAAGAGAUCGGCGAGAACCAAAAGUUUUUCAAAGGGACUCUGGGCCUGCAGCCCGGCGAUUCAGCCCUGUUCAUCAACGGGCUGCAUAUAGAUCUGGACACACAAGACAUCUUCAGUGUGUUUGAGGUGCUGCGCAGUGAGGCGAGGGUGAUGGAGGGUCUGCGCUCGCUGCACAUCGACACGCCCUACAUCCACGACAUCCUGAAGCUCAACGUCCAGCCCUCCGACUCUGACUACGCUGUCGACAUCCGCAACCCCGCCAUCAGCUGGAUUAACAACUUGGAGACGGACCACAGGUACAGCUCGUGGCCUUACAACGUGCAGGAGCUGCUCAGACCGACCUUCCCCGGAGUCAUCCGGCAGAUCCGCAAGAACUUCCACAAUCUGGUGAUAAUUCUGGACCCAAUUCAGGAGAACGCUGCGGAGCUGCUGAGUGUUGCAGAGAUGUUUUACGCUAAUAACAUCCCACUCAGGAUAGGGCUGGUGUUCGUGGUGUCGGAUGAAGAUGACAUAGACGGGAUGCAGGAUGCGGGCGUGGCGCUGGUCCGAGCCUACAACUACAUCAGCGACGAGGUGGACAGUCAGAGCGCAUUUGAGGCUGUCAUCUCGAUGUUCAACCGGGUGGCUAUCGCGGGAAAGUUGAGUGUUGGGGACGUGGUGAAAGUGCUGGAGAAGAGGUUCCCUUAUGUGGAGGUCAGCAGCGUCCUGGGAGCCGACUCCAACUACGACAGCAACAGGAAGGAAGGGCGGGGGUACUAUCAGCAGACGGGCGUGGGCCCGCUGCCUGUGGUCAUGUACAACGGCAUUCCUUACCAGCGUGAACAGCUGGACCCGGACGAGCUGGAGACGGUCACCAUGCAGAAGAUCCUGGAGACAACCUCCUUGUUCCAGAGAGCCGUUUACCUGGGGGAGCUGGCAACAGAUCACGACGUCGUGGACUACAUCAUGAACCAGCCCAACGUUGUUCCUCGCAUCAACCCCAGAGUGCUGUCCACCAGCAGAACAUACCUGGAUCUGUCUGAUACCAACAACUUCUUUGUAGACGAUUACGCUCGCUUCUCAACGCUCGACACCAAAGAGAAGAGCACCGCCGUGGCCAACAGCCUGAACUACAUGACUAAGAAAGGGAUGACCACCACCAACAGGCAUGAUGACGGCUACAUCCGUCCUGUGACCUUCUGGGUGGUCGGAGACUUUGACGAGCCCUCGGGACGUCAGCUGCUUUAUGAUGCCAUCAGACACAUGAAAACCAGCAACAACGUCCGACUGGGGAUGAUCAACAACCCAUCGGCCGCUCCGUCCACCGAGUCGAGCCGCGUGGCCAGAGCAGUCUGGGCCGCCAUGCAGACGCAAUCUGCCAACAACGCCAAGAACUUCAUCACCAAGUUGGCUAAAGAAGAGACCGCCGCGGCCCUGGGGAAGGGAGCCGACAUCGGGGAGUUCGCUGUCGGGGGUAUGGAUGUGUCAUUGUUCAAGGAUGCAUACGAUGGUCCCAAUUUUGACUUCCUGCUCUCCCACGCUGCCUACUGCCGAGACGUGCUCAAACUGAAGAAAGGACAGAAAGCCGUUAUCAGCAACGGAAGAAUCAUAGGUCCGCUGGAGGAAGAGGAGGUAUUUAACCAGGAUGACUUCCUGCUUUUGGAGAGCAUCAUCCUGAAAACAUCUGGAGAGCGAAUCAAAAGCAAAGUCCAACAGUUUGGGAUCGAAGAGGACAGGGCCAGCGACCUCGUGAUGAAGGUGGAUGCUCAGCUCUCCUCUCAGCCCAAAGGAGAGGCCCGGGUAGAAUAUGACUUUGCGGAUGACCGCUACAGUGCUGUGAAGAUUCGCCCGAAGGAAGGAGACGUGUACUUUGAUGUUGUUGCCGUGGUGGAUCCUGUAACCAGGGACGCACAGAAACUAGCUCCUCUACUGUUGGUUUUGAAGCAGCUGGUAAACGUCAACUUACGGGUCUUCAUGAACUGCCAAUCCAAACUGUCAGAAAUGCCUCUCAAGAGUUUUUACCGUCAUGUGUUGGAGCCGGAGGUGGCGUUUCAGGCCGACGGCAGUUUCUCUCCCGGCCCCCUGGCCAAGUUCCUGGACAUGCCUCAGUCUCCUCUCUUCACCCUGAACAUCAACACUCCCGAGAGCUGGAUGGUGGAGUCGGUGCAAACCCGGUACGACCUGGACAACAUCUACCUGGAGGAGGUGGAGAAUAUGGUAGCAGCAGAGUACGAGUUGGAGCACCUUUUGUUGGAAGGUCAUUGCUUUGACGUCAGUUCAGGUCAGCCGCCGCGAGGCCUCCAGUUCACCUUGGGAACCGCCUCCGAGCCCGUCAUCAUGGAUACUAUCGUCAUGGCGAACCUGGGUUACUUUCAGCUGAAGGCGAACCCCGGCGCCUGGAUCCUGAAGAUGAGGAAAGGACGCUCUGAUGACAUCUACAAGAUUUACAGCCAUGACGGCACCGACUCUCCAGCAGAGUCUGAUGACAUUAUAGUCGUGCUGAACAACUUCAAGAGCAGGAUCAUUAAAGUCAAGGUCCAGAAGAAACCAGACAAGUUCAACGAGGAGCUGCUGAGUGACGUGACCGAGGAAAAUGACACUGGCUUCUGGAAAUCUCUGACCAGAGGGUUCACAGGUGGAGGAAAGACAGAGGAGUUAAAGCAGGAGAAGGACGACGUGAUCAACAUCUUCUCUCUGGCCUCGGGGCAUCUGUACGAGCGGUUCCUCAGGAUUAUGAUGCUGUCAGUUUUGAAAAACACCAAAACGCCCGUCAAGUUCUGGUUCCUCAAGAACUACCUGUCCCCGACGUUCAAGGAGUUCAUCCCCCACAUGGCAAAGCAGUAUGGUUUCCAGUACGAGCUGGUCCAGUACAAGUGGCCUCGCUGGUUACACCAACAGACCGAGAAGCAGAGGAUCAUCUGGGGCUACAAGAUCCUGUUCCUGGACGUGCUGUUUCCUCUCGCCGUCGACAAGAUCCUGUUUGUGGACGCUGACCAGAUUGUGCGGACAGACCUGAAGGAGCUGCGUGACUUCGACCUGGAGGGAGCGCCGUACGGUUACACGCCGUUCUGCGAGAGCCGGAGGGACAUGGAUGGCUACCGCUUCUGGAAGUCGGGCUACUGGGCGAGCCACCUCGCCGGGCGCAAAUACCACAUCAGUGCCCUGUAUGUGGUCGACCUGAAGAAGUUCAGGAAAAUAGCUGCAGGAGAUCGGCUCCGGGGACAGUACCAGGGGCUCAGCCAGGACCCCAACAGCCUUUCAAACCUCGACCAGGAUCUGCCAAACAACAUGAUCCACCAGGUGCCCAUCAAGUCUCUCCCUCAGGAGUGGUUGUGGUGUGAAACCUGGUGUGACGACAGCGGCAAGAGGAGUGCCAAGACCAUAGACCUGUGUAACAACCCCAUGACCAAGGAGCCCAAGCUGCAUGCUGCGGUGAGGAUCGUGGCCGAGUGGACCGAUUAUGACCAGGAGAUUAAACGUCUGCAGACCAGAGUCCAGGAGGGAAUAAAGCACACUAAAAAACAGCAAAAAACACAGCAAGAAACAGAAAGCACAGACACUCACACAGAGUUGUGAGGAUCCUGCAGUGGCUGUGAUGAGGCGGUGAACUGGACUCUGUUUAAAGAGGCUCCUCUCCUGCCAUGGGGACUGCUAAAUGGUUGAAACAGUUAUGUUCUUUUUAUAAUGUGUUGAAGGGGAGUUUUAAAGUGGUCAGGUUUUGUGUGUACAAGUGGUGAGAAUGUAUUUUGUGAAGCGAAUCAUGAAUAGAAGUUUUUUUCAUUACAGUUUUAUUCCCCCUGUAAUUGAAGUCAGUCUUUAAAUUUGCACUGAUUGGGAUUCUGGUUCGGGCUGUGGUUGAAGCACAAAGGGAGGAGGACAAUACAAUUAAAGUGUACAAUUAGGUUUACACUUCUAUUUUUAUGGAGUUCAUAUGAAAGUGAACAAUCAUUGAUUAUUUGCUGUUGUUCACACCUCAACACUAGAGCUGGGCAAUAUGUUUGAAGUCAAGAAGUUUUUUUUUUUUUUUAAAUCAAUAUGGCAAAUUAAUGCAAAAUCGCAGUGAACUAUGAUUCCCUGUUAUUCAUAACAUCAGAUUAAAUUAAAUUUGUUUUUUUAUUAGUUUACCCUGAAUUAUGAGUUUGGGCAGCAGAACUUUGUAAAAUAUAAAGUUUUCGCCGAGCCCCAUGCUAAAUACAUGCUAGAUAAAAUGCUAAAAUACUCGUCGACGUCUGGAGAAUUAAGGUUAUAUCUACAUACACAGUAUGGAUUUUUUUAUACAGUGGUAGAUCCACUAAUCAUAUCUUUUUAAGAAUCACCUCAAACUAUAGGGGAUGGUUAGUGCCCAACCUAAACUUCACAGCAUUUAAAGGGAAUUUAGAAAUGAGUGGUAUCACUGUUAAUGAUGUUGAUACACAUCAAAUGGUAUUUGAAAUGAAAAUUAAGUACAAAAAUCAGCUGGCUUGAUUGAAUCCCCAGUUUCUUGUGGAUUAUAAAUGUCACCGUGACUCUCAGGGAAAGAUGUUUGAAACAUAAAGUACGAAUCAGAGGAGAAGGGGAGAGUUUGUGGUACUGUACGGGACGAGCAGCCAUGACAUUAGAGUUUAGCUGAAAUAUGUUUUUAUUUUCUGUUUCCUGGUAACAAAUACGUGGAUCUUUCAUGAUCAUCCUUUUCUGGCUGUCGUUUUUUGUUAAAUAAAAAUCCCCAAUUAAGAAGUA